AUGCAGGAACUCAACCAGUCCCUGGUGACAGAAUUCAUUCUAUUGGGCUUUGCCCCUAACCCCAGGACCAAUCCUCUGCUCUUCACCUUCUUUUUAGUCUUUUACCUGCUGAUCCUCGUGAGCAACAGUCUCCUUAUUACCAUUAUCCACCAGGACUCACGUCUCCACACUCCCAUGUACUUUUUCAUUAGUGUCCUCUCCAUGCUGGAUGUAUGCUAUACCACCACUACUGUGCCACAGAUGCUCGUGCAUAUUCUCAGCAAAAAAAGGGUCAUCUCUUUUGGCAGGUGUGUAGCCCAGAUGUACAUCUUCCUCCUCUUUGGAGUCACUGAGUCCUGGCUUUUCUCCAUCAUGUCUGUAGACAGGUACGUGGCCAUCUGCCAUCCUCUCAGGUACAAAGUCAUCAUGAGCCAUUGGGUGUGUCUCCUCAUGGUGGGCAUCUGUGCAGCCUAUGGUGUGGUGGGUGGCCUAUGCUACACCUUCUUUGCUAUGCGCUUGCCCUAUUGUGGCCCUAAUGAAAUUGAUCACUACUUUUGUGAGGUCCCUGCUGUUCUGAAGCUGGCCUGUGCUGACACAUCCCUCAAUGACUUGGUGGACUUCAUCACAGGCUUCAAUGUCAUUGUGGUCCCACUCUCCCUCAUCAUCAUUGUCUAUGCUAACAUCUUUGCCACCAUCAUGAAGAUCCGCUCAGCCCAGGGACGGAUCAAGGCCUUCUCCACUUGUGCUUCCCACAUCACUGUAGUCACCAUGUUUGCGAUUCCCUGCAUUAUCAUGUACAUGGGUCCUGGCUCUGGCUCUUUGUCAAACAGUGGCAAGAAAAUGGCCCUAUUCUAUAACAUUGCCACAGCCUUUCUCAACCCUGUCAUCUAUAGUCUGAGGAACAAGGACGUGAAAAGGGCUUUCCUUAAAUUGUUCAAUCGGGUCAGGGCUCAAAAGUAA